AUUUUUCAUCAUUAAAAAAUCAUGGCCGCCGCAUGGCUCGGUGACAGUAGAAAUGAGAAUAAAAAACAAAACAAUUUAAAUAUUUUUUUAAGUGAGGAAUUUAAUUUAAAUAAUGACAGUGCCUGCAAACAUAGUGAAGUUAACAAAAAGUUAGAAUCUUCUCAAACAAGCUGUAAUCGGGAUGAUGGUGAUAAAAUUGUGACUACAAGUCGUGAAUCCGACGUAGUAUUAGAUGUUGAAGAUGCGUUGGGAUUUCAGAAUGAACCAAUAUCAGACAUGGCAAAAAACGAUGAUAGUACAAAAAAUAUGGAAACCAGUAAGAGAAAGUCGGAGGACAACGGAGCAAGAUAUAAAUGUGAAUAUGAGGGUUGCGAACGCACUUACAGCACAGUUGGUAAUCUGCGAACACACAUGAAAACACAUAAAGGUGAAUAUAGGUUCAAAUGUCCAAUGCAAUCAUGCGACAAAGCAUUUCUCACAUCAUACAGUCUGAAAAUCCAUGUACGGGCCCACACAAAGGCGAAACCGUUUGCAUGUAACACUGGCAACUGCAGAAAAGCAUUCAAUACACUGUACAGACUCCGGGCGCACCAACGGUUACACAGCGGGGACACAUUCAACUGCAAAGCUGACGGCUGCACAAAGUUCUUCACUACCCUCAGCGACCUGAAGAAACACAUCCGAACGCACACACAAGAGAGGCCUUACAAAUGCAGGACCGAAGGUUGCGGCAAGUCGUUCACGGCGUCGCACCACCUCAAGGCACACGGCCGGACCCACCGCGCCGCACCCAAUGUCUUCGCUCAUGUUCGAAUACGACAGGAACCUGAAGCACCUACAGUGACCAUCAUUGAAACAUCUAAGCCCACAACCGACCCUAUGAACUGGGAAAGCCUCUUAGAAUCCUUCGGAAGAAUAACAACAGAAUCUAACUCGACGGAUGGAAGUCUCGAGGAUAUUACUGCAGUGAACCCCCUCACGAGUACCAGUGUAGAUAUAACGGAAUUGCUGUUCGAUAACGCGACUAACAUAUCUAAACCUAUCGACUACGACUUGAAUAUCGAUGUUGCCGUUUCGCCUUACGAUGUUGAAAAACCCAAAAAAGAUGCUUGGGUCGACGUUUGCGAUCUUCAGCCAAUCGGUUUGACUUCUAUCGAGGACCCUAUAAAAAUGGAUAUCAAACCGAAGGCAAUGCAAUUAGCUAUGGCGAAUGAGGUAGAAGUCCAAGCACCUUGGGUUGACGUCAGCGCCCUAGCAGCCUCAAUAUCGGAAACCCCAGUGAGUAUCAAAGAAAAAGCUCCAGAAAGCAUUUUCACUCUUGCAACCUUCGUCCCGACUCACAUGCAAAGUUACAUUGACCUCAAUUCGAAUAACGCACCCACAGCUAACAUUAUAUCUCAAGAUUCCUUCGAAUUGGACACGCCUAACAUACUGGACAUAGGCGAUAAAGUUUUCAACGACUCCGAACUAGUUACGAAUUUAGACGCUACUAAACUUGAAAGUGAUAUUGAUUCUUUUUUAAAAGAUCCUAUUGAUGAUAGAUCUCUGAAUACUCCGCCACCAUCAAAAGUGCAGCAAAACAUUGAAAUAAAUCCAGCUAACUCUGUUCUCUUCAACACAGAACUCGAUUUAGAAGAUACACUGUUAUUUGACAAUGAGCCUCCUUCAGACAUGUAUGUUGUGAGGACCGAGAAUAUUUUUGGGAAAGAAAUAGCUAAAAGGAAUGCAUUGGAACAAUUAGCAGCAGAUGCGGGCAUCUGUUCAUGUAAAGAUUGCAAAUGUGACCCCUCUGGCGGGGAAUGUAGAAACUGCAAUCCUGAAGAAGAGACCCCUAAAAAGGAUAAGUGCUGUACAGAAGAUAAAUGUUCAUGUGUUGACUGCAAGUGUGAUCACGCAGCUAUGAAGUGUGCAGUUGGCUGUGGUCGAGCUACGGACACAAAUCACAACACGUUUCUACACUAUCAUAGAAGACACAACAAUACUAAUUUGGAGGACUUGGGUGUUUUUACAUUACAUGAAUGUGAAGAGGAAUCGCCUUCUACAGAUAUCAUCGAUCACCUAAAAUGCUCUUGUCAUAUCAGUGAAGGACCGGAGACAUGCUGUAACUCUGGGUCCAAAAAUAGCACUUCAAAGGAGCAGGGUUCCUGUUGCAGCAAAACAGGAGGCUCAAAGUCCUGCUGUGUUACGAUAUGUUUUAAGAAAUUUGAUGCAUUUAAGCAGUUUUUGACCGAAAACGAUUUAUUGACUGCGUUGAAAUCGCAGAAUUUUUCUACUACUUUUUAAACGCUUGUAGUUGCUUUAGUUAUUGCAUUUAUAUAUGUAUUAAUUACGUACAAAUAAACUAUUUCUUACAUUGGCGUUACUAGUAGAUUGCAAAUAACAAUUUGUAGAUAUUAUAUUGAUGAAUUAUUUAUAUUUUUAGUUAAAAAUAUAUUAUUAUUGUAAAGAUUUUAAAAAAUAGCUUCUAGGAUAUUUUUACUAAAUUGUGCCAUAUUGUUAAUGAAUUGUGAUGAAUUUAUUGUUCAAUUACAACUAUUAUCAAGGAAUUGGUGCUACUGUUUAUAUUCACAAGCAAUGCCUUAAAUGUUGUUAAUUAAAUGUACUUAUGAUGUGCUUAAAUUGUACAAAGUGUUGAAUAAUUUUAUAAUGAGAUUUCUAUUUACUAGUUGUGAUGUAAUACACAAGCAAUAAUCACUAUUUUGUAAGAAUUCUAGUCCAUUUCACAAAUAAAAGCUUUAUUAAAAUG